AUGACAUUAAAUCCUAAGGCCAUUAAGAUUAAAGUUGUAGCUCUGCCUAUUCAAGAGAGUGGGACUUCCUCACAAGCGAGAGAUGGUACGCUCUUUGUGGUUCCCCUGGGCAGCGCCCUGGACCCUGGGGCUGUGCAGGAUCACCGCUUUAAAACAGACGAUGUCCUUGUUCUUCCCCCCAAUGGGAGCAGGGCCCGGCCUUCAUCGCUUGUCUGGUGGCAGACAAUGGUUGGCGAUGCCUCCUUGGCCAUCAUUGGCACAGAGUUGGGAGAACUCUCCUUCAUCGAGUUGAGCACAGGGAAGGAAGUUGGUGGCACCUACAUCACUGUGCCAGUCACAGAGCUAGACUUGUGUCGGGACAACUCCUUGGAUACUGUCUAUUUGCUGAUCACAGGGCCAGAGGACAGGCAGUGGCGCUUGGUGCUGGAGCAGCGCAGUAGCCAGUAUCUCUUUCCCCUCGAACACAUAACCCCUGAAUGGCCAGAUGAUGAGAGUCCUGGGGCUUCGCUGCAUCGCUCGGGACCCCCCCACCGAUCCCGGCUGCUUGGCCUUAAGCAGCUGUCAGUGGAGAAGCUGCAAAUGCUUAAGCAAAGACUUGCAGAGGCCAAGACGGGCACUAGGAGGAAACCAUUAACUGAAAAUAAAGGUGUGGACACUUGUGAUAUUGAUGAACUGUCAGCCACAACUACCCCAGAGCAAAUUAUGACAACCUCCACAACCUCCAUAGCCUCAGGGGGUGACGGAGAGGCUGCUCCAUGCAUCUCUGCAAGACCCGAGAGGCUCUGCAAAUUCAUCCAUGACGUUAUUGCGACACCACAGUAUGCCAAAGAAAGAUACCUGUUAGCAGGGCAUUGCAAACCAAACACUACAUUGAUGAUUUACAGCACUGAUUUGGAACCCACUCCUCUCUUCGUCUUCAAAAUUAUACCUGAUGCUGAGAAAAUCAUCCUCCAAGAUGAGAUGAUCUUCCUCUCAGAUGCAACAUCGCGGCGGAAACUCACCAUCAUCUCUACAUUCUUCUCAUCCUCAUCAAAGAUAGAUGGAACUAUAGACAGCAAGGUGAACCCAGUGAUCCAGGAAAUAGACUUGCCGGAGGACGAAGAAAUUGUGUCCAUGCACUCUAGUCCCCCCUUGAUCUCACAGGAUGCUAACAGCAGUCCACCGCGCUCAGGCAGGUCAUCUGUUGUAGGGCGGAUUGGCAGAGAUGAAGAAGAUGAAGACUAUGUGGAACUGCCAAGUCACACAUGGCCCCAUGGAUGCAUUAUAUUAACUACCAAAUCUUUGUAUAUAUGUCAGCCAAGAACCAGCGUAGAAUCUCUCUUCAUGGACUUGGUGCUUCGAGCAGGUGAUAUUGAUAGUGCAAAUAAGCUUGGUGUGAUGUUCUCUCUGGACCCAAAGCUCUUUGAGCUUGCAGCAGAUGUGAAGCUUCAGUCCAGGAAUUUCAGUGCAGCCAUUGCCUUGUAUAAGCACUCGAGGUGUCCUCAUGUGAAGUGCUCAAUCAAGUUUGCUGGCCAAGGGCUAGUAACAGAGUUUCUCACCUACAUGGGCACACUGACCAGUGGCGUGAGUGGGCCAGACCUUGGGGUGGAAGAGCGCCGCAACCUGGCUAACCUCGCCAUCAUAUGUCAUUUGCACCAUCUGUGUCUUCCAGGCUCACACAAGCCACCUCAGCAGCAACAAGCCUUGAGAAACUUGCUUCUCUUCCUUAGGGACAAUCAGUACUAUGAUGAAGUGCUGGCACUCGCUCUGGCUGCUGGCUCCUGGCGCUGGGAGACCCUGCAGUACCUGGCUGCUUCACGAGGCCUCUAUCUUGAGAAACUACAGCUUUUGAUGGCAUCACAGGCGUCCCCUAUUCUAGACUCAAUUGAACUUGACCAGUUAGGAGGCCAGACCAGCAUUGACAGCGUCUCUCCUCUGGCACGAGAGAGGGAGGCUGGCUAUCUGCACUGUGUUUCAGACCCAGAGCUACGGCAGGUCCUCCUGACUCGUCCAACACUGGCACGAAGACACAUUGCUCUUGUGCUAGGGUUGCUUUCUACACUCGAGGUCCCUGUCCUCCGCCGUCUGGCUGACUUAUACAAUCCAACACAGCCAGCAAUAAGGCCAUUCUUACAGACAACCAAUGGUAAAAAACAGGCAUUUCCUCCAUUAUCAUCAAUGGUCCACAACUCUUGCCUGCUUGCAUAUGGUAGUGAAGAGCUGGUGUCAGUUGAAGCAUUUGUUGAGGUAUUCCUUUCUAUCAUCAUUCAUCUAAACCAAAGAAGAGGUUGGAUGUAUAAUCCUGAGCUUCUAACCUACAAGGUGGAGAUUCCAAAAGAGAUUGUGCCAGUACCUGUGGAUAAAGUACAUCACCAGGUGUUGGCAUGUGGAUAUGGUCACACUUUCACUUAUUGGUGA